GUUUAAAAGCAGACAAAGAGCAGCUUAACAAUUUUCUCAAAUAACUAACCUUUAUAUUUAUCACAGCUUAUAAUAAAACACUUUUUUGAUCUGCCUUAGGUACAUGAUAUUCUUUGAUGAUGGAUAUACACAGUAUGUAUACCAUAAGAAUAUUCGCCUCGUGUGUGGUGAGUCACCAAAUGUAUGCGACGAUGUACAUGAAAAUAUUCGAGAAUUUGUGAAGGUGUAUUUACACAACUAUCCAGAACGGCCUAUGGUGAAGUUUAAUAAAAAACAAAUAGUGCGCACAGAGCUAAACAACUUAUGGUGUUCAGCCAAAGUGAAAAACUUAGAUGCAUCGUUAGUACAGUUAAAAUUUCUUGAUGUCAAGGUCGAACACACAGAGUGGAUGUAUCGGGGCUCAAACAGGUUAGGCCCAAUAUAUAAUCAAUUACGUAAUAAUAAUCAAGACAAGCGUGUACGUGGUACGGUGUUGACUGAUGUUAAUAAGUUAUUAAAUCGACCAUACAUUGAAAUAGAAAACCUGACUGGAAAUGAAAAAAGUGUUAACAUUGACAAUAGUGACAAUGCCGAGGACAAUGCUCAAAAACUUCUAAAAAAUAAUGGUGUAAUUAAAUCAAUUGAAAUACCAGCAAACUGUCCAAAACCGCUUCCUUACAAGCACCAUGAGUGUUCUCAUUUUUGUAUGUUAUGGGUUCACUAUGACUACAGUCAAACAAAAUAUAUGAAUGUUUUAAGCAUUCCGUUACAUUAUGGAUUUAUAAGGUCUGUAUUUACAGACAAAAAGUUAAAAUUAAAAAAAGUAAUAUAUACCACUCCUUGCGGACGUAAUAUAGAUAAUGAAAACGAAAUGUACAACUACUUGAAACUGACAAGUUAUGGUAAUAACCAAAUGACAAUGGACUUAUUUAAUUUUGAUUGGUUGGUGAAUCCGCUUUCUACAUUCAGCGUACCAGAAGUGUUUAUUCGUAACAAAGACCUAUCUUAUGAAAUGGAGUUUAAAUCAAUUAGUGUUUUCAACAGUUUAAAUGACUUAGUACCAGACCACAUGAAGUAUAUAACAAAACGCAUAACUAACCCUAACGUUAAUUUGAAUGUAGACUCCAAAUUUUUAUGUGGAUGCGAUUGUAUUGAUAAUUGCGAAGACAAAAAUAAAUGUUCCUGUUGGCAACUUACUAACGAGGGUCCAAAAAAUUAUCCCGCUAUUUUCAAAGACCAUGAUAACAUUGGCUACAGUUUCAAACGGCUACACAAACAAGUAAUCACUGGUAUUUUUGAAUGUAAUACUAGUUGUAAAUGUAAGAAAACUUGUUUAAAUCGUGUUGUUCAGGAACCACUGAAAACGUCACUGCAACUGUUUUUAACUGAAAAAAAAGGCUGGGGGGUGAGAACGCUCGCCGAUAUUCCUAAAGGCAGUUUUGUUUGUACAUAUCUUGGGGUGGUUCGCACAGAGAAAGAUGCAGAUAAUGAUUUUUCGUUAAACUGGGGUGAAUAUCUGGCAGAUUUGGAUUUUCUCGAAACAGUCGAAGACAUCAAAGAUGGAUAUGAAAGUUAUGUGGUCCAGUCUGAAGAUGAAAGUGAAGAUUCUACUAGUUCAUCUGAUGAUGAAGAGUUUAAUCCUAGUUGGGCAACCAAGAGUAAGAUGAGUAUGUUUGAAUCUAGAAUGUCGUUAAGGAAGAACUUACAAAAUACAAAUACAAAAAUUGAUGGAAAACAUGAACUGUCUAAGUUAAAUACUCAACAAAAGGAUGUAAGUAAAAACACAUCUUUGCUAAGGUACCUAGAUAGAGACUGUGGCAUCUACACGUUGGAUGCUAAGGUUAGUGGGAACAUAGGUCGCUAUUUUAAUCAUUCUUGUGACCCAAACAUAUUUAUACAAAAUGUUUUUAUCGAUACACAUGACCUUAGAUUUCCAUGGGUAUCAUACUUUGCACUAUCAAAUAUUCCAGCAGGAACCGAACUAUCAUGGGAUUAUAAUUAUAUGAUUGGCAGCGUGAAAAACAAAAGACUUAUGUGCCACUGUGAGUCAAAAAAUUGCAAGGGCAGACUAUUAUAAUUUGUAUUUAUAAUCAAUACUUUUGUAAUUAUUAAUUAAUUGUUUUUUAAUUAUUUUUGCUUAGAGACAACCAAAUAUGUUGUACUUACAAUGAUUUACCUAUGUUUGUGAAUAAUAUUAUUGUGUAAAAAGAAUGAAAUAUUUUACUUUUAAUUUUUCUGAGUUCAAUAUGUUGAAGUCCAACAGAUCAGUAUAGUUUCAUCUUACAUACUAUUAUUUUCAAAUGUUAUUAGAAGACUUGUAAUAUAUUUUUUAGUUAAGUGUU